CUAUGUAACUUUUACUUCUAGGAAGUACAAAUAAUUGCUUGACAACAGACGGUUUAUCUGAUUCUCUUGCGCCUAUAGAAGAUAUACGCCAAUUUGAAAACUUUUUCAUGUUUAUGUCGACCAUGCAAGGUUUUUUGUCAAUACGUCAUAAAGAAGAAGGCUCAUGGUUUAUACAAGAAGUUUGUAAAAUCUUCAAAACUUAUGGGAACGAGUUAACUUUUGUUGAUUGUGUCAGAAAAAUAAUGAAAUCAAUUCGAGAAAAAGAAGGAAUAAUAGACGGAAGUCAAAUUGCACAGUUACCAGAGAUACGAAAGGACCGUUUGUUAUCAGAUUUUCAAUUAAAGCAAAUUGCUCCUACAAUUUGACUGAGCAAAUAUACCUUAAAAAUGAUUGUAUUUUAUAAAUAAAUAUAUUUAAGUGAACAAUAUUUAUAUGUUGAUUUUUAUUAGUAAUUCAUUUUUUUA